UGGCUAGCUGGCUAAUUUUGGAGUCGAGUCCAAUUCUGAUUCCUGUUGUUGGGAAUUGCUAGAGUCGAUUCCAAGAUGGAGCCGAAUCGAUUGCACUGUGUAGAGUCAACGUCCCGUAACUGAAGAAUCGACUGCUUAUGGUGUCGACUCCCAGCCAUAGAAUACGCUACAACGGAGGAGCUGUGAUUGUGGAGGGUGACGGUUUUUGUUUUGCUGGCUUAGUAAUAGUAAAUAGUGGAUAUCGAUGAAGAAUAUUUUAUAAAAGAGGUGUCUGGUUCUGUGCCAUGUCUUUGGAGAGCACGUCAGACCUGGUUAACGAGAACACGUGUGUACCCUCCUCACUCAGCCUUGAUCUGCGCUGCCCACACAGUGCUCUACUGGACACAGAGCUAAGCCCAAAAGGCAAAACGAAAGGCUCGUCCACUUCUUCUUCUUCUUCUUCUUCCAAGAGCCGCCAUAUCUACGCCAGUACCACCUCCUCACAGCUCCUCACUGGCAUCAUGGGCGGCCGGGACGAUGACGUGUCUCACCGCGAGGAAGAGCGAGCAAGGAAUCAAGAAAACGAGCAAGGUCACUCCAUCUCUGGGAGCAACGCCAAGUGGAUGAAGGAAGGUCAGAACCAGCUGCGCAAAGUCGCAGAGCAGCAGCAGGACCUGAACAGAAAUCCAGACCAGAACCUUAACCUGACGGAAAACGAGAACGAGUUUCCGGACGGGAACCCAAACCAGAACCACAUGCUUGAGGAGCAAGAGCAUGAUGUGGAAAACAAUAAGAACCUGAAGGUCCUCUGCUCCGACAUAGACAUCAGGAAUACUGCCAAUGAACCUCUACUGAUCGAUACCUCUGAGAUUCCCAAAAGCAAGGAGCAAGAGGAAGACGAGGAAGAGGAUGAGGAGGAAGAAAGCCUACCUGCCAGUGGUGGAGAGAAAGACACCGAUUCCUCUGAGGCACAGAGCAGCAGUGAGUCGAGGAAAAGCGGUGAAGGUGGGAGCAAGAACAGAUGUUUACUGUUCAGCAAGAGUGGCGCUCCCAGUGAUGAGGACUCCAGUUGUAUGUCUCUGUCUCAGGGGAGCACGGCCACCAGCACUCCUGAUGGAGAUACCGAGUCGUACUGGGACCGCAGUGCAUUUGAGACAGACACGGACCUGCCAGCCGGGUGGAUGCGAGUGCGGGACACUUCUGGCACCUACUACUGGCACAUUCCUACAGGCACCACGCAGUGGGAGCCACCAUCUCCAAUGGAAGAUGGUGCAGUGCCAGAGAGACCAUCCAGCACCUCCCCUGCAAUUACACCCUCUGAGGAACCACAGAUGACAUGGAAUGGAGUACCUCGUCAAAACAGAUUCAAUGAUGACUUGUGGAAGGAGGAGGAUGUAACUUCUGAUCAGAGUCUAAAGGAAUUCGAAGGGGCUACUCUGCGCUACGCCUCCAUCAAUCUCAGCUGUUCUCAGUCAGAGGGAGAAGAGAAACCAAGUUCGUACAGCACUGAUGGAGAGGCCAAGUGUUUUGCUGUGCGAUCUCUGGGCUGGGUGGAGAUAUCUGAGGAAGAGAUGGCACCUGGCAAGAGCAGCAUUGCCGUCAAUAACUGCAUCAGGCAGCUCUCCUACCACAAACACAACCUGCACGACACAGCCGGCAUCUGGGGAGAGGGUAAGGACAUGCUCCUGGUGCUAGAGAACGAGAUGCUAAAUCUGAUUGAUCCUCUGGGACAGACCCUCCUCCACUCACAGCCUAUAGUCAGCAUCCGCGUGUGGGGCGUCGGCAGGGACAACGGCAGGGACUUUGCCUACGUGGCUCGAGACAAGCUAACCCAUGUUCUGAAGUGUCACGUGUUCCGGUGUGACACUCCUGCCAAGAACAUUGCCACCAGCAUGCAUGACAUCUGUUCUAAGAUUAUGGCACAGAGGAAGUCCUCAAAAUCAAGUCUAAACAGACUCAACAUUGAUCCCUCCAAACUAGUGGACAUUCCGGUUCAGGAGUUCCCAGCACCAAAGAAUGAGCUGGUCCAGCGUUUCCAGGUGCGCUACCUUGGUAAUGUAGCGGUGGCAAAACCAGUAGGCAUGGAAAUUGUUAAUUCUGCCUUGGAGACUGCACUUGCCUCUGGAGACAAAGCAGAUUGGAGUCCUGUGACUGUGAAUGUGGCCUCUGCUACUCUUACUAUUCUUAUUUCAGAUACUGAGGAGGUUCUGUCGGAGUGUCGGGUGCGCUUCCUGUCAUUCAUGGGUGUAGGGAAAGAUGUACAUACUUUUGCCUUCAUCAUGGCCGAAGGCCCCGGAGAUUUCAUCUGCCACAUGUUCUGGUGCGAGCCCAAUGCUGCCAGUCUUAGUGAGGCCGUGCAGGCUGCGUGCAUGCUGAGGUAUCAGAAGUGUCUGGAUGCCAGGCCCCCCAGCAGUAUCUCGUGUUUGCCUGGCCCUCCUGCAGACUCUGUUGCUCGCAGGGUGGGCUCCAGUGUCAAGAAGGGCGUGCAAAGCCUGCUGGGAACAUUCAAGAGAUCUGGAGCCCAGACACCAUGAGAAAAUGAGUCCUCCCCAACGUGGCUCUAAUUCUUCACCUCCCUCCACACCCCAGUUUGUCCUCCACCUGUCAGCUGUAGAUCUCAAUCGAGCGUGGAACACGCAUUUCGUUUCUCCUGGCCUCAUCUGAUGAGCUCAGGUUCCCCUGCAUUUGUAUGUUUGUAUGAUUGUAUGAUCAAAACAUGAUUUAGAAUUGUUCCACAAUAAUUAUGUUAACACUAUUUCACACUUUGGUCUAGGUAGAUAGUAUUGUAUCUCAUUACUGAUUCUUCAGCAAUGUCCUUUUUGGGGUUUGAAAGUGAUCGAGCAUAUGCAUAUAUGUCUGUCUCCUUAAAAACUGGACCAAAAUCGUCAUCACAAUGAACGCAAAGUACUUAAUGUGUUCAUUAAGUAAAAAUAACGCGUGACUACAUGCGCUUUUUAAAAACACUAAAACUAGCAACAAGCAACAUCACUACAGUUAAUGUAAUGUACUAAAUGUACUGUAACACUGAGGUUGACACUGCUGUUUUUAAAUAUGGAAAACACAUGACAAUAAGUAUGUUUAAAUAGAACGGAUGGAUCUUCUAAAAAAAAAAAGUUGUGUGUGUAUUUUCCGUUAACAGAACACACUGCGUGUGCUUGUGUAGUUAGGAUGCUUUCACACUAGACAUUAUUUUUUUUUUUUUUUCCUCAGCCGCAAGCGCAUGUUUUGCACAUAAUCCUAUGGGAAGCAGCCACAAAGUGCACUGCUUUUUAAAUAACGUUGCAGCCAGCGUUUUUUUAGUCACAGAGGAGCAUUUUGCGGCACAAGCAAGAAAAACAAACAUCGGAAACAACUCUGUGGAAAAAAAAAUUGUCUGGUUAGUGAAGCAAUAUAUUGAGAUUUGCAACAUGAAUUACUCACUAUUUUUGGGAUGUGAUGUGAUGUCUCACUUUAACCGUGGCUGCAUUCAGCAAAGUCACACAAGUAGCUCCACAAGCAUCCUUCUCGUCGCUAUAGUUAAACAAAUCUUUAUUUAAUCUUAAAUGCUGACAAUAAUCAGUCAAAUCUAGAUGGAAAGCUUGUCUAGUUAGUUCCAAGUUAUCGAUAGGACUGGUAAGAGUGUUGUGGUUACAGUGUGUGUGUGUCCUGUGUUCCCAUAUCAGCACGAAAAAUGCAUCAGCCAGUGAUUUUUCCCUGUAAAAAAAAACAAGUGUGAAAGCACCCUUAGCGUGUAGAUUUAGCAUAAUCACACAACAAGAGCUAGACUAUAAAUCUACACUGUAUAUGACACAUCUGACCACAUGUUGAUGUGACCUUAUCAGUGCAUUAUAAGUUUAUUAUUUACACGUUUUGAUGUUUGUUUGGUUUUUUUUCUCUGACUGGAAUUAUUUAAACAGAUUAUUUAUAUACUCUAAAAUAGCGUUACUGUAUCAUAGUCUUCCAAAAGGAACCGGCUCAGCGAAGAGCCCCUGGAUAUUUCACUAGCUUAAACGGGCAUUAGUGAUGGAAUUAUUUUGUAGGAUUUUUUAAAAGGAUUUUAAGUUGUGUUAGUAGGAUAUUGUGUUUCCCUGCUGGGUGGGAAUUCUGUUUUUUAGACAUGUGAGGUCUCACCACUAUGUGGUAUUUUUGUUUUUUGUUUUGUAAAAGGAGUGACUCUAUCAUGUUUCUGAAUGUGUACAAGUUUGCCUUCACCGGGUUAGCGAGGUCUGAUCUGGAGUGGAAGUGCUUUAAUCAUGCAGUGUAGGUGUAGGCAUAGUGAUGUACAGGUAGAGGGCGCUCUCUGCUUUCCGCUGGUCUUGUACAAUAAUGCCAGGCUCAUUUCUCAUGGUUUCAUUGUGACGUGUGUGUGUAUUUUAGAACAAAACAAAAAAAAAUCUCAUAUACACUUGAAAGAACCAUGUCACUGAUUUGUCAUGUGUACAUACAGGUUACACACACUGAUCCAUUUCCCCUCUC